AUGGCGGCGGUCCGUUCCUGUGCGUGCGCCUCUCGGUUUCCACGGAACGUUCUGCGAGGUGAAACGUGGACGGACUGCGAGGAUCACGGCUGUGAGAACGGCGCCACCUGUAUCGACGGAGUGGGAAACUACACCUGCUUGUGUCCGAUAAACUACACAGGUCUGUUGUGCGAGGAAGAGGAGGACGUGUGUGCUCCAGGUAGAAACCCCUGUCAGCAUCAGUCCACCUGCGUCAGCACUCCUACAGGCCCCAGGUGUGUGUGUAUCCCCGGCUGGGUCGGGCCGGAUUGCGGGAUAGAUUAUGAUGAAUGUGCAGACCAUCGCUGUCAGCACGGAGCGCAGUGUGUGGAUCAUCUGGACGGAUACAGCUGCGUCUGUCCGCAGGGAUUCAGCGGUGAGUUCUGCGAGGUCGCUCCUCCUCCCCCGUCUCCCUGCCUGCUGGCUCAGUGUCAGAACGGCGCCCCCUGUGUGGAGAAGACCGGAUCUGCGGUCUGCCAGUGUCUGCCGGGCUUCGAGGGUCAGAGCUGCGAGAAGCUGCUCAGCGUGAACUUCGUGGACCGGGACUCUUACGUUCAGCUGCAGGACGUGAAGAACUGGCCUCAGGCCAACAUCACGCUGCAGGUGUCUACAGCAGAGGAUAACGGGAUCUUGCUCUAUAAUGGAGACAACGAGCCAAUCGCUGUGGAGCUCCAUCAGGGUCACGUCAGAGUCACGUACGAUCCUGGAAACCAGCCUGCCACAGCUAUCUACAGCACGGAAACAGUGAACGACGGGCAGUUUCACACCGUGGAGCUGGUCACCUUUAACCGCAUGGUGAACCUGUCCGUGGACGGAGGAGAGCCCACCACUCUGGACAGUCAGGGGCGGAGCCAGACGGUGCCUGGAGAUGCUCUUCUUUACGUCGGAGGUAUGCCCGAGGAGGUCCUGCCCUCCUCUCCAGGUCUCUCCUUUCAGAGCCUCAACACGUCCAGCUUCCACGGCUGCAUCAAGAACCUCUACAUCAACCACGAGCUGCAGGACUUCACCCGCAGCCACAUGAAUCCGGGGGUGGUGCCGGGCUGUCAGGCCUGCAGGAAGCUGAACUGUCUGUACGGCGUGUGUCAGCCCAACGCCGCAGAGGGUCCUCAGUGUCACUGCCAGCCAGGGUGGGCGGGGCAGCACUGUGAUCAGCCAAUCACAGGAAGCCUCACAGGAUCAGAUGUGGUCACCUCUGGAGCCGGUGUCAGCCCCUGUGAGGGCAGCAAGUGUGUGAACGGUGUGUGCGUGGUGUCGGACGCACACUCGUACCGCUGCGACUGCGAGGAGGGAUACGUCGGUGCGCUGUGCAGCCUGAAGGAGGAGCCGCUGGGUCUGUGUCGGGGUCUGCAGUGUCUGCGCGGCCGCUGUGAGCAGACGGAGGAGGGAGAGGAGUGUGUGUGUGAGCCGGGGUUCACCGGAGAGAGCUGUGAUAUCGAGUCCCCGUGUCGAGGAGAGCCGGUCAGAGACUACCACCGUCUGCAGCACGGCUCCGUGCUCUGCCAGACGUCCAAGCCGUUCUCCUGGGUUGAGUGUCGGGGUCGGUGCCAGGCCGGAACCGACCCGGGCGCUGCCUCCGCCGCCUCCUCCAUCACCGCCGCCACCUCCACCUCCACCGCCGCUUCCUGCUGCUCUCCUCUGAGGGUCCGACGCCGGCGGCUAACCUUCGAGUGCGACGACGGCACCUCGUUCACGCAGGACGUGGAGAAACCUGUGGAGUGUGGCUGCAAGGAGUGUGUGUAGUGCUGUGGAUUCAACGGUGGACACACACACACACACACAUCCAACACCACACACACACACACACACACACACACACGGAGCUAAAGAGGUACACACACUGUAGGUUCUCUCACUGAUGACGGACUCUUGGUGUUUGUUUCGUGUGUUUUGUAACAGAAGACAGUUCUUCCCUCUCCAAACAUGAAAUCAACGAGUCAACCUCAUCUUCAUCGUCCUCCUCUUCAUCGUCUACGACUCCCUGCGCCGCUCCUUUUUAACACCCGUGUGUGGAGACGCCUCCGUCCGCCUUUUUGGUGUUUCAUAUCUGUGGCUGCUCUUCACUCACUCCCGACUUGUACGCUUACAGACGUCCGCUUGGUCCCCUGGACGUGGACUUCACUGAGACGGCGUCCUUGUUCCGUCUAGUCUGCGGUCACGCCUCCUUUUGGAUUGUGAAUAAUCGUCUCAGUGCAGAACUUACAAUCUGCUUUGUUCUCUCUCUUUUGUUUUGGUGAUGUCUCCUCCAAGCCUCAGAGACGUUUGAUGUCUCCUGCAUCUCUUUAAAUAUCUGAUGAAGCAGUGAAUCGAAAACAAACAUGAAGACGAGGAGACAAGUUCUUUCUUCACAUUUGAAACCAGUCUUCAUAAAAUUUAGAGUCCUCUUUAUCUGAGACAACAGAGAGGUAACAUCCAGAGCAGGGGCGUUGCUAGGCAUAAAGCUCUACUGGGGCACAGGUCCCCUACUAUUUCCCCUUCCUCUCACACACACACACACACACACACUUUUUAUGGGCAGGUGUUUUUUCUCGUGCCCUCUAAAGAGAUCCAGAGCUUUUUUCCAGUUAGUGAAACCAGUGCUCACAGAUGUGUCAUGUUUCAUGUGUUUACCAAACAUCCUACAUGAGAAACAAA